UCACCUGAGGUAACGACAGCACGGAUAAUUAUUUCAACCUGCAUGUUUAAUUGCGUAAUUUAUGGCCUUUGUUUGUCUGUUCGCAUACAGGGUUGAAUCACACAACAUGUCGAUAUGCAUCAGGCUAUUCAAUCAUUUUUUAACAUUUCGUGUUCACGUGAAACGGCGGCGUCAAGCUAGAUAAAAUUAGCCACCAGGAUUUCAAAACAAAAGCGGGGAAGUUGCCACUGUUGGGUAAACGUUAAGGGUCCAAGAUGCCAAAGGAACAGCGUGGCUUGAAUGAGCACAGCUCUUGUGCUACAUCCAGCAAGAAUGCUAAAAAUAAGAGCAACAACAUGACACUGCGGGCCAUGCGUGAUACAAAAGACACAGAUGACUCAAGUGGAACGGGCUCCCACUGCAGUUCAGAAAAAGACUCUGGCUACUCUGACGGCUCAGACUGGCAGCAGACGGAUGCAGAGGACCAGCGCAGCAACAAAAGCCAGUCCAGAGGCAGCGAGCAUGCAGAAACUUCACAGCCCGGUCAAAACAAAGACGAUGGGCAAGGGAAUCCUGGAAAUCUUACCUUGAUGCUAGCAAGCCAUCAGCUCCCACCCAUCUACAUCAUCAAUAAUAUGGUGCUUAACCAGCAGUCGGACAUGAUCCAUAAAAGAGGUCAGCUGCCCCUGAGAAAUGGAGGCAGGGAAACUGGUAGUUCUGAUGCCACCCAUAUGAUCAUUUUCCAGCAGCCUAGCUUGUCGCAGGCCUCCGUCCAGCUCCACAAGCCCUUACACCAGAGAUCCAACGUCACAGGGAAGAAAGAACAUAGCACCUACCUGCCCAUUCUCAAGUCCUACCCCCGCAUUGCACCACACCCUGGCAAGAAGCCGCCUGAUAAAUCAUCAUUGAACGAUGAAUCACAGAACCUGAGCAAGAGGGUGUGCACAGAACACAAGCGUGAUGACACACCUGUAACCAGCAGUGUACCUGAGCAGCACUUUUCUAAGCAACCCAAAGUAGCAGUGUUAACUUCUGGGCUGCCAUGUUCCACUUCAACCAGAGAUGCUCGAUCCUCCUCCAGUCCCAACACUGUCUCCUCGAGUCAGGACUCCCCAUCUGGGUCCAAUUUGAACACCACCUCCUCUGUCCACACAACCAGAGGACUUCACAGAAACAGCACCACCAGUACUCGCCAUCGCCGUUUCCUCAACACGGUAGAAAUCCUUAGACAAUCAGGUCUGUUGGACAUUACAUUGCGCACGAAGGAGCUGAUGCGCCAGAGCAGCGCCACUGAGCGAGACAUUGCCCAGCUCCGCCAGCACACAGAGCUACUGUGGCAGGCUGCCAUUAACCCCGCCUGCAGUAUUAGUGGUAUCACAACCUGGGAACAUGUGCAUAAAGCCAUGGCCGAGUCUGGCAGAUACCCCAACCUUAAAAUCCUGCAAAACCUUCAAACCCUGUGUCAUCCAGAUUCUGCCAGUCAACUAGCAAAUAUUUCCACAGGUGACGCCAGUGGGCCACAAACCGCUGAGAGCUCAGAGGUGCUGCCGUUUCACCUUCUCACUACUAUACAGCAACCAAACUCAGAACAAGCCAGAGAGCUUCAGGUCGGAGAUAAAUUCUUAGAGGAAGUCACCUUCAUACCUCCUGACAGUUCCACCGAUUAGCACGUCUGCAGUGCCUUUAAAGGGAGAGCGAGUACACAGGACUGUUUUUGGAUAUUAUGUGUGGUUUCAGUGGUUUACUCCUGGUUAUACGAACCUAGUUUUAUAGGGAUUGUGAUGAAUUAUCUCUGAAGGUCAACUGUAAUCCAACAAAGACUUGAGGUUAGGACUAAAUGUUGCAGUCCAUGUUUUGUUUCCAGUUGCCUUCUUCUACCAGAAUUCACUGUUCAACAUCUGAAAGCGGAUCCCGUAUUAAUUCACGCAAGUGCAAUUCAGGCCCGAAGCACCAUGUUUUACCACUGCAGAUUUUAUAGAACCACUCAGAUGAGUGGAGGAUCUCUGCUUCUGAGCCGCUUAAAAGUUUAUGUGAACAUAAAAUGUGUUUCCCCAGGAGACAGCGGAAAGUUUCUCAUACACAGGUUGCACUAUAAUAAUAAUAAUAAUAAUUCCAUGUCCUGGUACAUGAAUGUUGAGAAGAUGAUUUCUUGCAACCUGCGACCUUCAACAGAAAUAUUAACUGGUGUCAUCAAAGCGACACAAAGCUAAAGGCUUCCAGAAAAAUGGCCCAUAAAGGAAACUCGUAGCACUUCAGACACAAGUGGGGCCUCAGUGCUGCAGAGAAAAAGUCUCUAACAUCACACACUGCACUACACUGGACUGCGGCAAGGACUUCUAUACGAACGCUCUUCAACAAAGCCUUAAAAACUCUUUUUCACUUGAUUUUUGUGCUUUACCACGGCACAUCAUCGUCACAUGUUAUCAUAUCGUCAUCAUUUCACAAACACAGCACACUGUCUAUCAAUGGAAGCAAUCCAACCACAGACUGUAUAAUUUCUCCGCAGCAUCUCCAUGAUAAGUAAUAGCAUUUCCUCUCAUGCAGCAGCUUUCUUGUCUUUAAUGUUUUUCGUUAUUUUUGUCAUCUGUGUCAAUCAGAGAUGGAGCACAGUUGGGAUUUGGUAUUUUGAGUUUAAGUUUGACAAUGUCUAAAUAUAAAAAGUAUGUUGCAUGGUUAUAUGCAUGUGGUAUAUGUAUGAUUUUUCAUCUAUUUCUUUGUGCUUGUGCAGACAUUGCUGCCGGGAAUGCACACAUUCUGAAAUUUAAAGUGGUUUAUACAGUGUAUUUUGAUAAUUUUACAGUAUUGUAAUAAAGCAAUAUAUAAAGAA